AUGCAGAUUUUCGUCAAGACCCUUACUGGCAAGACCAUCACGCUCGACGUGGAGCCUUCGGAUACCAUUGACAAUGUCAAGACCAAGAUUCAGGACAAGGAGGGAAUUCCUCCUGACCAACAGCGUUUGAUUUUUGCUGGAAAGCAGCUGGAGGACGGCCGAACCCUCAGUGACUACAACAUUCAAAAGGAAUCUACACUCCACUUGGUUCUCCGUCUUCGUGGUGGUCACUGCCAAGUUCCCUGUGGAAUCUUUGACGACCCGGCUACUGUUGCUGAGGUCAAGCAGGCGGCCGAAACCGUCCGCAAGGCCAUGGUCCAGAGCAAAGAUUUGCACGCCACCAUCUCUUCGGAUCUCACCGCCAUGAAUCAGAUGAUUCGCUGGGUAACCACGAAGGAAGAGCACUGCAAAAAAAUCAUUACCAUUGUCUCGGAAUACUGCCUCUGCCAGCGUGUCAAAAAAGACGUCUUUUCCAGCGAUGGUGACUACGUGGAUGCGCUCAAAGCCCACCAUGCCGUCAUGCAGGCUGCCAUGAAGGCCAAGCAAACUAUGGAUGUUGCCGCUUGUGAUACUCUCGACCAUGCCAUUGGUGACUUUGCAAAGAUGUACACAAAGUAG